AGAGCCUAUCACUUGAAAACGGGGCGAGGCACAGAAAAAUACAACGAAUUACAUUGAAGCAUGCUGGCACUAGGAAGUACGUUUGAUUUGCUGUAUGAUGGUUGAAAUACACCGGCAACAACCGACGGAGAUGGAGGAAAAACAAGGUUUACGCAGCUCAGAGGUGCUUUGGAAGAGAAUGGAGCCCAAUGAACACGGGACGUUCCCUGCAGAUCCCGAAACCAGCCGUGGAAAUAGUUUCCUUGAUUCUUUACGGAAAUAUAAAGUAAAAGAAGUUUUCACAUGGCAUCUUUUCAAGACGAUAUCCAUGAGUCAAGGGUUGUCGGUGUUAAUCUGUGGGACUGGGAUCUCCAGCCAGUAUUUGGCAGUCCGUUAUUCUGUGAAUACACCAAUGCUGCAGAGCUUCAUCAACUAUGUUUUACUGUUAUGUGUUUAUACAUCAAUACUGGCAUUCAGAAGGGGGGAUGACAAUCUUUUGAAAAUUCUGAAGACAAAGUGGUGGAAGUAUAUGCUGCUAGGGAUUGUUGAUGUCGAGGCUAAUUACAUGGUGGUGAAGGCUUACCAAUACACAACGCUAACAAGUGUCCAGCUGCUGGAUUGCUUUGUGAUCCCGGUGUUGAUGGCACUGUCAUGGUUUAUCCUUCGUACUCGAUACAGGAUAAUCCACUAUGUCGCAGUGUGCAUCUGCCUGCUUGGAGUAGGUGCGAUGGUCGGUGCAGACGUGCUGGCCGGAAGAGAUCAGGGUGCCAGCACAAACAUCUUCCUGGGGGACAGUCUUGUUCUGAUGAGUGCUGCUCUGUAUGCUGUGUCUAAUGUGUGUCAGGAGUACACCGUGAAGAACCUGAGCAGAGAGGAGUUCUUAGGAAUGAUUGGCAUGUUUGGAACCAUCUUCAGUGGUCUGCAAUUAGCCAUAUUGGAACAUAGUGAAAUCCCCAAAAUUAUUUGGGAUUGGCAAGUUGCGCUGCUGUUUGCUGCGUAUGCCCUCUGCAUGUUUGCGCUGUACAGUUUCAUGCCAGUGGUUAUUAAACUUGCCAGUGCAACUGCUGUCAACCUGUCCAUGCUGACCGCAGACCUCUUCAGCCUGUUCUUCGGGCUCUUCCUCUUCCACUACAAGUUCUCAGGGUUGUACAUCCUGGCCUUCACUAUGAUCGUUGUUGGGUUUGUUUUGUAUUACUCCAUGGCAACAUACACCCAGGAACCUGCACCUCAGGAGACUGCCAUAGAUGGACUGGACAACCCUGUCUCGGAGACUGAGGACGACAACAGACAGGAAACGGCUAUACAGUUCCCCUCAGGAGAGGACGCUGCAGAGACAACACGGUCACAGUGACCAUGUCAGGAACUGAAGACUGACAAGCAUAGCAAACGCUAUAAUGGAACAGCCAACUGGCAUGGAAGGGAACUUGCAUUCAUGUACUCUUGUGCCUUUCAUACACACAGGAGGUCAAAGCGGUUUACAAAAACAGAAUUUAGGCAGUAGUCUAGAACCUGCCAGCCAUUUUAUCUCAUAUUAUUAUUAGAGUUAAUUUUAUUAGGGGCCCUUAAAAUGUGUUCCACCCUAUAUAUUUAACAUUUUGGAAUAUUUUCACUUUUGAUUUAUUUAUUUUUGUAUUUUUUUUAUUUUUAAUGAGUUGUUUUUAUACAUUGUCAUGGAGCUUUCAUAAAACCCCAAGGAUGAUUAAACUUUCUCUGUUCGUGGGAUGAAGUUAAUGGUGCUGACCUCUAAAAUGCAAUUAGACAGUCUCUUUUUAAAAUGCCUGCACUUCAUUCAACUGUAAACCAGUCCAGAGUUUACUUUGAACUGGGUGGAUUUUAUGAUCAUGCGUUUGUGUAAUCAUAUUAGAUAAUUGGAUAUGGACAACUGCACAUGGACAUUGCAGGGAAUUUACAAUUUAAACAAUUAUGCAAUCCUCCUUGGAGGGGAAAAUAAAAAAAACAGAACUGUGGUUCUGAUUGUCUUCCAAGCUUUCAGCAGUACUUGAAGCUGCAGCAGCAGCGUGUGCCUUUGCUAACAGUGGUAUAUUCUUGCAUGACAAGUUAUGAUAAAGAAAUCUAGAUGUUAAGGCAGUCAGUAGCCAAUUCUAUUCACUGUUUUAUGUCCUUUUAAUGGGGAAACUACUAGAUCACAUCCAGUGGGAUUGAAGUAAAAUUAGACAACUAAGCAAGUAUUGGUACUUGUUGCUCAUCUUUAAAUCUAAAAUCUUUUAGGAAAAAAAAUAUUUUUAAUUACAAAUGGCACAUGUACAUUGUAGUGAUUGAUUCAUUUUAGAAUGUAUAAAAAAACUGAAUCUUUGUGAUGCUGUCAGAAGGCUUGGAGCUUGUGUUUUGAGAUGAUCAAUGAAAUGCUAGUGCAUCAAAAAAACCAUAGUACCGGAGUGGGAGUUCUUGGUAGCAAAAUGUUUGUUUUGAGCCUUGGUAUACAGUGUGGUCCUAUUGAGGUUUGAUUGAAUAGCACUAACAAACAGAAUCUACCCUGUAGUUUCUGAUAAUAAGAAUGUAUGAUUCAGUGUUCGUAGAUUGAAGAGGACUAACAGGAGACAAAUGUUUUAUUUUGUCUGUGCCUUUUUAAUAUUUUUUUAAUAUAUAUUUUUAUUUUCCACUUUCAUCUUAUCUGCAAUGUGUCUUAUUUAUUUAGUAUUUUAUUUUAUUUUUGCACGUUGCCUUAUUUUCACUUCUUUGCCCCACACUGCACUUGCUCAGCAGUCUAUUGACUGGUUUCAUAGACUGUGAUUGGCACUAAGGUAACAUUAAUUAGUCCAAGAUUACUAAUUGGGGGUCUGUGAAACUUGCUGUUUGCACAAUAUGCACUUGGGCAUUUUUGGGACCAAUAAGGGAGAAUCACCCAAAAGUGGCAAUCAUUUUAAUCCACAUGAGUUAAUAUUAUACCACAAAAGACAAAUAUGUUUAUUUGUUUGCACUUAUUUUUAGUACUACAGUGUACCAAAUAUUGUUUCAUAAUGUACAAUAGUAUCCAUAAGCUUUUACAGCUGCCAGUGUGAUACCUACAUGGGAUUACUAAUAUCUCCCAUGAAGCUUUAAAAGCCCUUGUUUUAAGUUUUGGUCAUUUUCAUUAAGACAAAAAUACAAAAGUAAGUUGUUUUGGAUGUGUACUAAAACCAGAAAAUGUUUGAUUUUGUCAUUUUUAAUUUGCACCUUGUUUAAUUGUUUAUUAUUAAAAUGAGCUUGAGACAA